ACCCUUGUUAGGCAAAGUUGGGUACUUAUGUAGCGGUCCUGCCGACCGAAGGAAGCAUUUCCCUCCCUGUAUCGAAUAAUUCUAAAGAUCAAUGAUCACCAUUGAUCUAAGAAAGACCCUUUAUUUCCUCAUGGUGCUCCACGCAAUUAGUGGAUUACAUCACAUGUGGAUUUCACGGUCAUGUUUAUAGACCAACGCCGGUUAACCAAGAAACAAGCGAUGCAAGCAGAGAGAAUGCUUACUGCUUGUUGCUGGUUGACCUGGUGAUAUAACGUUCUCGCUCCAAUGCCGGAGAAAUGUUUUUUCUUUUAAUUUUUGUUUGUCGCCCGGCAGCGCUGACUGAACCCCAACAAGGUCUCAGUCACGCGGCCGAACUAAUGAAGCCAGAGUGGACGACGCCCGUUUUGGCUUUUCUCUUUUCUCUUAUUUCUUUUCAGAUCGGGAGAAUGAGUUCUUGCGACGGCAAGUUAAAAGACCCGCGAUUGACGCCGGGGCGGUGUUGUAUUGUUGUGUGGAUCGUCGGCUGCCCGGUUCGUCUGUUCGCGGUGACGGUUGUUGUGGGUUCGUUGGAGAAGUCCGGGUGUCCGUUUGUCGUCGGUGUCGACGACGUUAGUGUGCCGUGUGGUUGCGAGAAAGUGUUAGAAAGUAAGUCUAGAAGAAGAAUAAACAGUAAGAAGUAAUAAUCGUAGAGUUAGUUUUUCCGAAAAAGGAAGAAUAGAAAGAAAGCCAGUGCAGUGCCGUGACCACUUCGCGACUUUCGACAUUCUACAUUCUGGUGACAGCGCAAAAGCGCUAAACAAGUGCAGGCACGCCGUUUGUGAUUGGAAAGUGAAAAAGAAUAAAAACCUAUUGAAGUAUCUAAGACCCAGCUGGUUACUACAGAAGAAAUCGUGUAAGUGUUGCGCAGAAAACUGUUAGGCGAAACAGUGUGAAUCAUUCAGUUGAGUAGAACUCUUGAACCGUGCACAGUUUGAGUGUGAUGCCGAUCUCGGAUUCCUUUUAACGAAAAUUGUUGUGUUACUCAUCGAGUCAAAACAGAGACGAAGUUGGACCCACUGGAUAAUACUGAGUCGCACAUUUGCAAACCGCUUGCAAAUCGAUCACUGCCAGAUCAUUUCCUACAAGAGGAACUACGUAUCUUCAUCGGACCCAGCAAUAUGAUGCCGAAUAAUGGGUAAGUCGAAUCAAUAUUUUUUUUAAUUGAGUGAUUUUAAGUGCGUAUGUGUAUAUCAUUUUGGUUCUCUUAGCACAAAAUGAAAGUUACAACAUUCUAAUAGAAUGCUAUUAUUGCAUCUUUUUUAUUUGGGUUUGAGAAAGGCAAGUAACAAAAAUUGCACGUAAAUAAAUCCUUUUUUUUAUAUAAUUAUAUUUGUUGGCUUUUUCACAUGAACUCUUGAUCAAAUUGAAGAUUAUGAACUAUGAAUAUUGCAAUCUUUGGAAUGCUUGAACAUUUUAUGGCAGUUUCGUUUCUCAAGAUCAUGAUAGUAAAGCAUGUAGAAAAGAUAUUGCAAAAUUUAUAAGAAAAAUUUAAUUUUAAAGAAUCAUCUGAUUUAAUCAUGUGGUUAUAGAAGAACGAAUCUAUCAAAAAUCUAUCAACAAUUUAUUUCCCGGUUGGUUUCUCCUACUAUUUUAACGGAUUUGGAAUGAACAUGGGUGUGAUUAGAAACAAACAUAGGUUGCUGGAGAUGAGAGCAAAGAUCGUGUUACUGCGACUAACACGGCCAAACCCUGUCGGUAAAACUUUAUUAUUCGCGCUUUUCGAUUAUUGCUUUUAUGGAUGGCCAUGUCAUGAUAUUAGGAGUGUUGAUGGCACAGCUUGAUUUAUGGAUGAUAUUAAUUGAUAUCUAUUGAUAUUAAUUGAAUAAUUUGCUGAAGGAAAAAUUAAACAUGAAGAAACACGACGGGAAAAUAGUUCUGUUUUGUUCUAUAGUUCUCUCGUAAUUGAUUAUGGAUUUUGCACUUGGGUGGAAUAAGUAACUGUCACAAAAUUAAUGACCACAGAUAACUCAUUUAUAGAAGUAGCACUCUCAAUAGCUUCCUCAAAAAAAAAAAAUGGCAUUUCCUAAGUAUUCCCAAUGGGAUAGAUUCUUCCGAGAAUCGCGAGACAGGCUCGAGAGAGAGUCUGAGGAAGAGAGAGAGUAUGAGGAAGAGGAAUUAAGAGGCAUUCAUAGGCGACUACGGGUUGAUAAGCCACGAGGCAAUAAUAACAACAACAAUUACAACCGCAACAACAACAAUUACAACCGCAACAACAACAAUUACAGCCGCAACAACAACAAUUACAACCGCAACAGCAACAACUACAACCAAAACGAUAACAAUUACAAUCACAGAAAGACGAACGAAGAGGAAAAUGGCCUUAGAAUGGAAGUAGAAAAAUACAAGAAGUUAUGGAAAGAUACGGAAGAGAAAAUGCUUUUGAUUGCAAACACUUACCAACGGGUAAUAAAAUCACUCUUAAAGCAAAAUAGCGAUGCUAUUAGCAAUAAUAAGACAGCAAUGGAGGCAGAAAAAUACAAGGAAUUAUGGGAGCAAUCAGAAGAAUCAAAAGCUCGAUUGGAAGAACUGUAUCAACGUGACAUAAAAGAUCUUUAUGACGAUAGGCGGGAUGCUGCUAACGAUAUGGCUGCAAAAGAAAAGAAAUUUGAUAACAAGUUGAAAGCUUUGGAAGCUAAGCUGAGCAAUGAGAAACUAUUGAAUGAAGCAUUAAGCCAGGAAGUCACUAUGCUGAAGACACGAGAGGAAGAGUAUGCUUUAUCGGUUGCUGAGAACAAAACGGCAAUUAAUUCCGAAUUGGAAAGUAAAGAAAGUGAAGUACGCGAAUUGAAGGUGCAACUCGAAAGCAAUAAGAAGAAUAUGGAAGAAGCGUUGAUAAACAGAGAUAUCUUAAGGAAUGAAGUAAAUGAUCUGCAGGAGAAACUGGCGGCCACUGAGGAAAAAGUUAAGAUUCUAGACAGUACGAUAUCCUUGAUGGUAACUACUUGCAAUAAACAAAAGAACGAGUUGGAGUCGCAGUUUGUGGAGCUCGAGCAAAGGACUUUGGAUUUGGAAAAGGAGAACCAUUAUAUGAAAACAGUUAUUAUUAGUUUAGAGCAAGAGAAAAGUGACAUUUCUUCAAAGUUUGUGGGAUUCGAACGAAAGAUUUUGGAUCUGGAAAUGAAGAACCUUCGUAUGAAGACGGUUAUUAUCAAUUUAGAGCAAGAGAAUAAUGACCAAACUUCAAAGUUUAUGGAUUUCGAGCGAAAUAUUGUGGAUCUGGAAAAAGAAAACCAUCGUAUAAAAACGGAUAUCAUCGAGCUAGAGCAACAGAAGAGCGACCUCAGUAAAAACUUGGCAGAAUCUACUGAUAAAUAUGAAAAGCUACUAAACGAAAAGGAUACGAUAAAAUCGGAAGAAAGCAGAAAGCUAAGUGAAGAACGCGAUGAAGUGGUGGAGAAGCUGGAUGCCGUUCAAAAGAAAAAUGAAGAUUUGACUACAGAAACAACGACUCCCAAAGGCAAAGUAGAAACGCUGCGAAACGAAAAGAAGGACUUGGAAAAGACCCUCGAACGAGAAAUUCGAGAAAAGACAGAACUGAAAGCGCAAGUUACCAACAUUCUGCAAGAGAUCGGUCGAUUGGAGGAGCAGCUAAAAGAUGUUAAGAACCCCCAUUCGGCUAUUCUGAACAAGAAACAAACAUUGAAAAAAAAGAUUGAACGAUUACAGCGUCAGCACUCGGAAGCCAAAAACAAAGCAGACAAGGAAAACACCCAUAAAUGGCAGACAAAGAUCAAGGAAAGCGAAACCAAGUUGCAGCAAGUCGAAUGUGAGAACUCUCAGGAAAAGGAGAAGCUUUGUGUGCUAGAUAACAACAAUUGUUUAACCAAAGAGGAAGCAACUACUACGAGUCUCGCAAAACGGAAAUACUUUGAACCACUGGGCAAUCUUUUAAACGAGAUAGAUUUACUACGAGAUUGUGUCUUUUCGGAAAACUUUGAGUGCCUAACGGAACUCCUGUGGGAUGACCACGGUUGAUUUGAACCAAAAACAACACUUAUCAACAAUAAAUAUUUUUUCUUCUCGUUUACAACAAUUGUAACUACCCAUACUGACAAAGGAGAACUAAUUAUUCCUCAUGUUAAAAUAUUGUCGAUGAUAUUGACUAAUUUACACUCAUAAUCAAAUCAUUAAGGAUUAUGAAAAAUAUAUAUAGGAAUAGAUUAUUGAACUUAGUUGAUCAAAUUUAAAUAAGAAAUAGAGAGUGACUACAUGAUACCAAACACAUUACCUAUUACAGAAAGAGCGAUUGAUAUAAAUAAUAUCAGUGCAAAUAUAAACGAAAAUCAUAUUCAUCUGUCACCACUCAGGAUAAAGUGGUAAAUUAAAUUAAUGAAAAAUGAGAGGAAUUUCAUACCCUCAAUAAAUACAAAAUGAAAAUUAAAAGUGAAAUGGAGAGGAAUUUCAUACCCUCUAUAAUUAUAAAAUGAAAAUUUAAUUGAAAGGAGAGGAAUUUCAUACCCUCUAUAAAAAUAAGUGGACAUUAAUUAAAAAUGAGAGGAAUAGAAUACCCUCAGUAAAUAUAAAAUGAAACAUUGAAAGGGAAGUAAGAGAGGAAUUACAUAACAAAAAAGAAAAUAUUGAUAAACUAUGAGCCUACAGCUAAUUUAUAACAAUGAAUGCGUCCGUCAAACUCAGUUUUUGAAUGUACCGAAGGGCUGGAAAACCAGAGUAACUACUAUUCUGUAAGGGCCAUAGAUAUCAAACAACAAAGAGAAAUAAAGAAUUAAGGAGAGGAAAACACACCCUCCAGGAAUACAGAAAAUACAAGGAAAUAGUUGAAGAAAAAUAAUAAAGAAGAGGAAUACACACCCUUCAGUAACAUAAUAAACGGAAAAUUUGAACGAAAGGAGAGAUGAUUUAGGAGAGGAACACGUACCCUCCAAUGAUGUAAUAGUACAGAAACUAGAACAAGAGCAAAAUUAAGCGUUUUUUUAAAAAACGAAUAUGAAAACUUAAGAGAAUUAAGAGAGGAUUUACAAAAGCCCUCUGAAAAUUUAAAUGAAAUUAUAAGAAAAUUUAAAACACAGAAAGGAGACAAAGCAAAUGUCUACAGAUUUUGACGAAAGAGGAAACCCAAAACCUCUAUGAAAUAAUGAAAUAUUAAGAGAGAUUAGAGGAACCCAUAUCCUCUGUAAAAAUAAUGUGGAAUGAUAUUUACAAUUUGGUUUUAUACACAAGUUAAUCAAGAGAAAUGGAGUAUACUUACAGGCCCAACCUACAACCUCAAAAGGGAAAGGGGUGGAGCAAUGCCGGCAGCCAAGGACUUGCCACAACAAACGGAAAAGGACGAAAAAGUAAGGUACCUAGAGACUCGGUGAGUUCAUUUUAUUUUUAAGCUUUUGCGGAUAUGCAAGAAAGAUAAAUAGAUUAUUGCCUUGCAUCCCUGCAACAUUAUGAUGUAGUAUGUAAGUUUGUUGUUUUUUGUUUUUUCUCCGGCAGUGUCUCGAAAAAAAAAUUUUUUAUUCAUAUAGUGAAAUCCAGAUUUGAUGGAAUAUAAAAUGCAAAUUGUUUUUGGUUGACAGAAAUGAUCUUCUGAAGAUGUUUCAAUUGUGAUCAAUUGGUUUUUUUUCCUUACUUUCAAGUUUGUCACAUAAUUUGCCGAAGGCAUAAGGCUAAUGAAGUAGGCCAAUUCAUGAUGAAAUAUUUGAUUAAUAUUACAUUACACAUGUAUUAAGUUUAUUACAUUAUUAUUAAUAUUACACAUGUAUUAAGAAAAAAGGCAAAAAAAAAACAUUUUUCGAAAAAAAAAACAAUAUUCGAAAAUAUAUAUUAAAAAAAAAAAACAAUAUUCGAAAAAAAAGGUAAGAUAUUUUCGAAAAAAAAACAAAAAAAAAACAUUCGAAAAAAAAAAGUAUUUCGAAAAAAAAAUAUAAUUAAAUGCCAUUUUUAAAAGUUCACAAAAUAUAGUUCGUAUUUAAUUCGUACCUUUUACUCUUUAAAAAUAAGGGAGUAUUUCUUUUACUAUUUAUUUGACUGAUUAACUUAAUUGAUAUAGGAGACGGAAUUUGAAUUUUUCGUAGGGACAGAAUAGGGUCAGAAGGAUCAUGGAGCGGUAGUCUGCGAUGCUAGUCAUGCCGACAAGGACGAGCCGUUGGGAGUUGCCCGAUCAAGACAAACAAGGUUUACACGUUUGAAGGUGAUGGUUUAGCGCCGUUGGAGAAAUGCUGGGAUGUUGCUGCAUAAAUUGCCAUGUUAGACCGGAAAUCCUAGUCUUUGAUUUCGGGGGUAAGUUAUGCAUUUGGAAUGGGAAGAAUAUUCCGAGCUGUGCCAAGGAAGGAGUCAUUAGGCAUCUGAAAUGCUUCGCAAGAGUACUAUAUGUCAUGUGCCAGCUGAAUCCGACAAACUUCACGGAGUUGAACGGUGACAUGGAAGAGACACUCGACGAAUCUCUGAGAGUGGUUCGAUGGAAUGGGAAUGGUGAUAGGUAGCUAAAACUACUCAACACAUGAAAACGACUUUGUGCAGAUAGAAGGUUGUUGGUUACGUACGUGCAAUGGAAGGAUGUUGGUUACUAUUUUGGAGGUACUCCGAGUUUAAAGAAUAUGGCGGUUGGUUGAGAGAUUUCGUUCAAUGGACAACCCUACAAAUAACCCGUUUUUGGUGCUUGAAAUCUAGUUUCGGUCGAUGAAUUUCUACUGCAACACAAACACGAAGCGGCAUUUUGAUAGACUCGAGCGUCUGGAGGAAGGUGAAUCAUGUUAGAGUAGGGAAAGAAAUAAGGAUUAGUUUAGUUCGUUUUUGCAAGAUAAUCUUUAACCCGCAAAUGUAUACGCUAGCCGAAUGCCUACUGCAAGUUUUUCUUUGCUUCACAAAUAAAAACUUAAUUUAAGGGGGGGCGGAUGUAGCGGUCCUGCCGACCGAAGGAAGCAUUUCCCUCCCUGUAUCGAAUAAUUCUAAAGAUCAAUGAUCACCAUUGAUCUAAGAAAGACCCUUUAUUUCCUCAUGGUGCUCCACGCAAUUAGUGGAUUACAUCACAUGUGGAUUUCACGGUCAUGUUUAUAGACCAACGCCGGUUAACCAAGAAACAAGCGAUGCAAGCAGAGAGAAUGCUUACUGCUUGUUGCUGGUUGACCUGGUGAUAUAACGUUCUCGCUCCAAUGCCGGAGAAAUGUUUUUUCUUUUAAUUUUUGUUUGUCGCCCGGCAGCGCUGACUGAACCCCAACAAGGUCUCAGUCACGCGGCCGAACUAAUGAAGCCAGAGUGGACGACGCCCGUUUUGGCUUUUCUCUUUUCUCUUAUUUCUUUUCAGAUCGGGAGAAUGAGUUCUUGCGACGGCAAGUUAAAAGACCCGCGAUUGACGCCGGGGCGGUGUUGUAUUGUUGUGUGGAUCGUCGGCUGCCCGGUUCGUCUGUUCGCGGUGACGGUUGUUGUGGGUUCGUUGGAGAAGUCCGGGUGUCCGUUUGUCGUCGGUGUCGACGACGUUAGUGUGCCGUGUGGUUGCGAGAAAGUGUUAGAAAGUAAGUCUAGAAGAAGAAUAAACAGUAAGAAGUAAUAAUCGUAGAGUUAGUUUUUCCGAAAAAGGAAGAAUAGAAAGAAAGCCAGUGCAGUGCCGUGACCACUUCGCGUCUACA